AUGGCCGGUUUUUUUCCUCUCGACCCAAAUCGACUCGACAUUUUCGUGGACGUCGUGACCGGAGAAUUUCAUGGCUACCACUGGGAACAACCCAACCAACAUGAAGCCCUAGCCACCAAUUACAUCAACGACCUUCUGCGUAGCAACUACCCAACCGCCGUAUUCAUGUCUGAAAGGGUCUCUGUGGGCACACAAGGAUAUAGAAUGGUUCCUACCGCAAUACCAUCUUACCUCACCCUGCAGUCAAUAUUCUACGCAACUCCUGGCCCGCCGAUCAUGCCCGACUUGGCGCCGUUGGGCAGCAGUCUUUCGCAGAACGGACCACUGGCGUCGUCCUCGACAUCGAACAUUGCAGUUUCCUCGUCGGCCAAAACACCGAAGAAGAAGACUUCUCGCCGCGCGGGUGGCAAGAUGGCGAUCCCACUGGCGUCGUCCUCGACGCCGAAUGUCGUAGUUCCCUCGUCGUCCAAAGCACCGAAGAGGACGACCUCUCGACGCGUGGGUGGCACACAAGGAUAUAGAAUGGUUCCUACCGCAAUACCAUCUUACCUCACCCUGCAGUCGAUAUUCUACGCGACUCUUAGCACACCAGUCAUGCCCGACUCGGCGCCGUUGAGCAGCGGUCUUUCGCAGAUUGGACCAUUGGAUUCGUCAUCGAGAGCGAACGUUGUAGUGCCCUCGUCGGCCAAAACACCGAAGAAGAAGACUUCUCGCCCGCCGCGCGGGUGGCAAGGUGACGAUCAACUCUUCACGACAUGUGCAGAAAAUUCUCUCGAUGUGGAGGAGUUCAACGCGAUGCUGCCCAGGAAGAAAGCCGCCGGGAAGCGAUACCCCAACGUCCCUGCUCGCGUCGAGCGUAUCCUCGAGUCGGAUGAUCCGAACCCAACCAUGAGGAGAUUGACGAGCUCUUCGACACUCCCGAGCCCCACUCUUGUGCCUUGGGCGCUGCCGUCUCCCGCCGCCUCUCUGGCCUCGUCCUCUUCGAGUAUUCUCACCACCCCUUUCAUCACCCCGCACCUGGAUGUUAAGCAAGAGAUCAAGCCGCAGAUUCUCUUCGGCAACCCCGCACCCGUUGUCCAGUCCCUCCCGACUGCGUACAACGUUCCAGUCAAGAUGGAGGAGAGGCCUUUCCCCCGCUCUGCGUAUGGGCUCACCUGUGGGAAGGUGUUUACGAGGGAAGACGCCGUGAAGCGACACGCAAGGGGUAGGGGACUUAUUGCUUAA